AUGGCAUCCAAUUCUAUCAAAAUUUUCGCGGGAAAUUCUCAUCCUGAACUUGCUGAGAAGGUUGCAAAACGAAUUGGACUUAGCUUGGGAAAAGCUGCUGUCGUCCAGUAUUCGAAUCGUGAAACUUCCGUCACCAUUGGAGAAUCCGUGCGAGAUGAAGAUGUCUUUAUCCUUCAGACUGGUUGUGGCUCGAUUAACGAUCACCUGAUGGAGCUGCUCAUUAUGAUUAAUGCUUGCCGUUCUGCUAGUGCUCGUCGUAUUACUGCAAUUAUCCCCUGCUUUCCUUACGCUCGUCAAGACAAGAAAGACAAAAGUCGUGCUCCUAUUACCGCUCGCCUUGUUGCCAACAUGUUGCAAACCGCCGGUUGCAACCAUGUAAUUACCAUGGACCUUCAUGCUUCUCAAAUUCAAGGCUUCUUCAAUGUCCCUGUGGAUAACCUUUACGCCGAACCAUCCGUAUUGCGUUACAUCCGUGAAAACAUCGAUACAAGUGUCAAUCCUGCAGUUAUUGUCUCUCCUGAUGCCGGUGGUGCUAAGCGCGCGACUGCUUUGGCCGACCGCUUAGAUUUGGAUUUUGCAUUGAUCCACAAAGAAAGACAAAAGGCCAAUGAAGUUUCUCGUAUGGUGUUGGUUGGUGAUGUUCGUGACAAGCUGGCCAUUUUGGUCGAUGACAUGGCCGACACUUGCGGUACUCUUGGUUUAGCUGCCAAAACAUUAAAAGACAAUGGUGCAAAGGCUGUUUAUGCCAUCGUCACUCACGGUAUUUUGAGUGGUAAAGCUAUCCGUGUCAUCAACGAGAGUGCUUUAGAGAAGGUUAUUUGCACAAACACCAUCCCUCACGAUGACAAGCGCAAAAUUUGCAAUAAGAUUGAAACUAUCGAUAUCUCUGGUGUUUUAGCCGAAUGCAUCCGCCGGAUUCAUCACGGAGAAAGCGUUUCUGUUCUGUUUAGCGUUGCUCCUGCAUAA